AUCCACUUCGUUCAAUCGAUCGAAGUAAGCGCGACAGAAGGCUAAUCGGAGCCCGUUUACUUGAUCGGUGGUUGCCCGUCGUCGUGAUGGCGCAGGAGACGCUGAGGCUGGCGUCGUCGGCGAUCGGCCACGAGGGCCGUCUGCCGCGCAAGUACACCGGCGACGGCCAGGGGGCCGUCAAGGACGUGUCGCCGCCUCUGGAGUGGUACGGCGUCCCGGAGGCGGCGCGCUCGCUGGCCCUCGUGGUGGAGGACGUCGACGCGCCGGCGGACGCCGACAGCCCCGUCGUCCCGUGGACGCACUGGGUCGUCGUCAACAUCCCCACGACGGUGCGCGGCCUCCCCGAGGGCUUCUCCGGCAAAGAGGAGGCCGCCGGCGGCGAGCACGCCGGCAUCAAGGAGGGGCACAACGACUGGAAGGUCCCCGGGUGGCGCGGCCCCAAGCCACCCACCUCCGGCCACCGCAUCUCCUUCAAGCUCUACGCCCUCGAUCAACCCCUGCAUCUCGGCAACAAGGUGACGAAGGAAAAGCUUCGGGAUUCCAUGGAAGGGCAUGUGGUUGGAGAAGCAGAACUGAUAGCCAUCUUUUAAUUCCCCUGUCGCUGUACUCGCCUUUUUGUUUAACUUCGUGUUCUUGUGUUCUGGACAAAAAUAAGAACUCAAUGUUCUUGAUCGCUCACCAACCAUCUUUAAUUGAAAUCAAUGAAAGCUUGCAUCAACUAAUUCUUGUUCCA